UCGCCCAGCAAACUAAUUAGCUUAUUCUAGACGUAGACAAUUACACAUACGGCACACUUUAAACUAAUAGAAGUGAAGACAAGGCUCCCGUAAUGGUACACGAACAAGUAUUGGUUGUAAGAUGGUAGUGAGUUCCCCGGUACACGAAACGUCCCUGUGUCGUGCGAAUUAUUGUCAUUUUGCAGCCAGUGUCUUUCGCUCCCGAAACUGGAAUGUACAAUAUAAGCAUACCAAGUAGCCACCAUAUCGGUCGAGAAGAGUUUAUCCAUGCUGCAGUUGGCAGCAUAUGCUAUCUAAGAAACAUGUUUCAAGAGUCUGCCUUCACUGCUGUGUCUAUUGGUGACACCAGAUUGAAAUGUAUGAAACUUGCCAAAGGAAAUGAUCUGCUGGCCGACACUUUGCUUCAUUGGAUUGAACAGGGUGUUCUAAGCACUCUCAGGUUGGGAUACUUGAAGGGUUUCCUGCUUUGUAUCCAUCCUGAUGAGAGAACCAUUCUGGAAGCAUAUGUAUUCUCCAUAUCUAAAACCAGUGAGCCUCAAACAAACGAGAGACCCCUCAAAGAAUUGAUACAGUCGCUUCAGAAGUUGAAGUUGCAAACAAACCGUAUCUUCUUGUCAAUUCGGAUUCUAUACAACCAAGCGUGUCCUAAGAAAUACCAACCUGCUCAUUUUGAAGAUAACAUUGUUGAUGAUGCGCCAAAAAUUAGUAUUGACAUUAACAGCCACAAUCAGUUUUCCCCAAAGUCCUUAGGGAUUGAUUUUAGAUGUCCAAUGUUUGAAGGUAUUCGGUUAGACCCAUUAGAUGUGAUCGAAAGAGACGAUCCGGAAACCGAAAACUUGCUCAAUUCAGUCAGGCUGCUUCCUCUAGUCCAUAGUACUUUAAGUUGUGAUUCUGGUUGUAAAUUGAUGCAAUUGGGAACUUCUAGUCACGCUCAAUGUUAUUUGUGUAACCGUGUGGUUAACAUACCUUGUUACGGCUAUUUGAAUAAUAGAAUACCUGAAACGUUUUCAUGCUACACCUGUCAAUUCAAUUCUCCCAUACUGUCUGAUUUACAACUCUUAAUGCGGAUACGUCUCCUAUGGGCACACAUAUUGCACAAUGGAGAAAUCCCAACAAUGGAUCAAGUUUAUGAAAUGUUUCAAUUAAAUAUUGGUGAUGAUAGGCACGAUGAGAAUGUUCGACAAGUAUUCAAUAAGCUUUUCCAAGAUGGUGUAUUUCAAACUGAGAUAGCUCCGAGCUCUGACAGUCAACCUGGGUACGGUAUGUUCAUGCCUAAAAUUCGUGGAUUGUUUGACCCAAUAUACAAUAAGGAGUUACUUCCUUCACAACUUUACUGGCUAAUUUUCGUCCCAAAAGCUCAAAAAAUGAAUCGGAGGUUAGAGUUUAAUACUGCAAUUCAGCUGGUCUACUUUUCAGAAUUUUCUAGAAUCAAGAGCUGUUUGAAGAGGUUUGAAGACUCUUGUAGAUUUCAUUGGCUGCCUCGUUUGAAGAGCAUACCAAGGAGUAUUUGCAAUACUCAGUCUCAAAGUUUCGAGAAAACGGACACACCGAGUGAGCCCAUUACUGAACACAAUCGUGGAGCCACUGACGGAGACACCCUUACCCACCCCAAAAAGAUGAGUAAACCCCUCCUAAUCGAUUUCCCAGAUGGUCCUGGUGAAUUUUCUGCUAGCUUAAAGUCUCCCCAGCCCAUGAAUACCAAUGUCACCAAACAAUGGUGUUCCUGUGAGCAAUGCCAGCUCAAACAAACAAAAUGUGACACCAUUCCCACUACCAACAACUGUAUCAAAUGUGGGGCGAAAUCUUUGGCAUGUACAUGUACCAGUCAAGUUGUCAAAAGAAGGGCCAUAGGAGCAAGUAUGGUAGUGUCCAAAAAGAAACUAGACAAGUACUCAGGGUCCUUGGAUGCGUACGACCCAAGCUUAUCAUCCAGGCUCAUUAUGUUCCCAAUAAUUCAGCGAAAAGAUCAAGACCCAGCUGUUUCAGACCACUCUGAAAGCAUUGAGGAUAUGAGCUUUGAAAGCUCGCUUAAAUUCUUAUCUCAGCCUCAGCUCACAGAAUACGAUAAGCUAUGCUGGACAGAAUCUCCAUAAAUUGCUUCUAAAAAUUAUCUUAGAGGAAACAAUUUCCUUAUUACCCCUUGAACUACAAAGUAUAGUUGGUUGAGGUUAAUAAUCAUGUUCUCAAGUAGGUUAUUGCUAAGGUUUUUGCAGU